AUGACGACCUCCACGAAAGAACAUAUGAAGAACCAGGAACAGCACGAGAUGGUCAUCACGACCACAGAAAUGCACACAGGCGGAGAGCCAGUGAGAAUCAUUGAGUCCGGAUAUCCUGUCCCCCAAGGAAAGACAAUUCUGGAUAAAAUUGAAUACUUGAGAAAAAACUUCGACCACUACCGCAAAUUCGUUAUUCUGGAGCCACAUGGGCACUUCGACAUGUAUGCUGUCCUGUUUGUCCCCCCUGAUGACCCGGAAGCGGAUGUUGCCACCAUAUUUCUCCACAACGAGGGAUACUCUACGAUGUGUGGACAUGCUUGUAUCUCCCUAGGGCGGUACAUAGUAGACAAGGGUCUCGUGCAGCGUCCUAUAACUUACCCAGAGACGCAGGUCAACAUUCAAGUCCCGUGUGGGUUGGUGAAAACGUUUGUCAGCGUACAGAGCGGUGACUAUCUGAAAACUGGACCCGUCAGAUUUGAAAGUGUACCUUCCUUUGCUGUAGCAACAGACGUUGACAUACACGUUGAAGGACAUGGCUCUGUUACAGUUGACGUGGCUUAUGGAGGCGCCUUCUACGCCUUUGUGACUGUCUCUGAUCUCGGACUGGACUUUGGGACCUCUUCGAUCUUUGAAAUCAAUCGGGCGGCUACCGCUGUGACAGCUGCAGCCAAGAAAGCUGUCAGACUCUCACAUCCAGACACACCAGCAUUUCUGUACGGGACUGUGGUCGUAGAUUCCAGAGACCGUCCACCGUCCACUGUUUCUACCAAUGUUUGUAUCUUCGCUGAUUCCGAGACAGAUCGUUCCCCAUGUGGCUCUGGAACAUCAGCCAGAAUAGCGCUUAUGUAUCACAGAGGUCAUCUCUCACUAGGACAAAGUCACACUUUCCGCAGCGGGGUCACCGGCUCGGAGUUUCAAGGACGCCCACUUAAAGAAGCUCGAGUUGACGACAAACAAGCGGUUAUUACAGAGAUUCAAGGUCAAGGUUACUACACUGGCCGAUCGGUGUUGAGUUUAGAACAGAAUGAUAAACUCGGAAGGGGAUUUUUGGUCCGUUAG